AUGUUGACCACAAGUUUCUCGAUAAUGGAUUAUUUAGUGUUUGGUUUACUUUUAAUUAUAUCAUCACUAAUUGGUGUAUACUUUUGGUUUAAAUCACUAAACAAUACGUCAAACGAUGAGUUCCUGACAGGAAAGCGUCAAUUGAGUGCAUUCCCGGUGUGUAUGUCUUUGGUCGCCAGCUUUAUGUCGACCAACACUUUGCUGGGACUGCCGGCCGAGGUAUUCCUAUCGGGCACUCAGAUCUCAGCCCAAAUCAUAUCAUUUAUUAUUGCUAUUGUAUUAAGUGCUGAGAUCUUUAUGCCUAUCUAUUAUCGAUUGGAUAUAUUGAGUGUUAAUCAGAUUCCGUACGUCGCUGUCGUGUUGUACGGACCGGCACUCGCUCUCAGUUCAGUAACUCCACUGUCUAUAUCAUCAUCAAUUUUAAUGGUCGGUGCCAUUUGCACUUUCUAUACAUCCAUUGGAGGAAUCAAAGCAGUCAUUUGGACGGAUGUCUUACAGUUUAUUUUAAUGAUCUUAGGAGUACUAAUGGUUAUCAUACAAGGCGCUCUAGAAGUGGGAGGAUUUCAAGAGAUGUGGAAUAUUAACCAAAAGGGCGGACGAGUUAUAUUUUUUAAUACGGAUGUUAAUGUAUACAAGAAUGACAACCUCUUGAAUGUCAUAAUCGGCACAACUAUUAUAUGGAGUGCUAAUUAUUGCUGUUUACAAACCCAAGUACAGAGGUAUUGUAGUCUGGGAUCAAUACAAAAAGCAAGGAGAACUCUAUACUGGAAUCUUCCACUCCUUAUACUCAUAUCAUUACUGGCAGUGAUGAGCGGAAUGGCUAUAUUUGCCAAAUACCACGAUUGCGAUCCAAUCACUUUGGGUUAUGUACAACGACCAGAUCAAUUGAUGCCAUACUUUGUAAUGGACACACUUUCCCAAUACCCGGGUCUGGCCGGACUGUUUGUGGCAUGUGUGUUUAGUGGUUCCCUUAGCACACUGUCCUCCGGUUUCAACUCAUUGGCGGCCAUCACUUGGGAGGACAUCAUUAAGCAUCGGAUCAAAUGUCAAGAUGACAGACAUGCUCUUAAAAUCACUAAACUAAUCGCCGGGUCGUAUGGAUUGAUAGCCAUCGCCCUGGCAUUCAUUGUGGGCAAUGCGGGAACAGUAUUUCAAGCUUCCAUCUCAUUGGUCGGUUCAAUGGUUGGACCACUCUUUGCAUUAUUCACUUUAGGAGUACUUUAUCCCUAUGCAACAGCACCGUUUAUACUAGUAUUCCUAAUGGGAAUUUCCUGUACGGGUUCAUUAAUUGGUUUCAUUAGUGGAAUAAUUUGUGGUUUAUUCCUAUCAAUUGGAUCACUGCUUCAUCCCAAACCUAAAGUCUCUUUACCCACCACUACAGACAACUGUCCACCAGAUGUUGUCAAAGACGUCUACUUAAAAUCCAUGGCUUUUCCUAAUUCAUCGUAUAUAUCGACUUAUGAUAAUCCAGAGUACAGAUAA